AAGGCAAUUUUUUUUACAAAUAAGGAAGAGAGAUAACAAAAUAAAUUGUUAUAAAAAGCUGACAGUCGAUACGUGUUUCAUACAGUCAGAGAGAGACGAAAGAGCCAUGAGAUCCAGUCUACUCACAGCCUUAAUUUUCACCCUGGUUACAGGGAUGGUAUUAGCUGCACCAGAAGGGCUAAUUUCACAGGAGCCUGUGUGUUCCAGGUAUUUGAAUACGUAUUGUGCCCGAGAGUACACCCCGGUAUGUGGAACAGAUGGAUACACCUAUGGAAGUGAAUGUCAUUUGUGCUGGGAAAAUAAUCACAGAACGGAGAAAGUCCAAAUUAGAAAAAAUGGACACUGCUGAUCGGCAGCUGAAGACGAAUGCAUCCCUCUCCUACUCCCUACGCCUGUAAUUGAAAUAAACUAUAAUUCUGCUUACUGCUGAGAAAACUGGAUUAUGAGACAAUACAUUACAUUAAGAAAUGGAAUUCUAACAGUGCGGUCUUCUUUCCGAAUUCUCGUUUUAAAAUAUACCUUUUUAUUGGCUUUAGCAUUUAAACAAUACAUUGUGCUUAAAUGACAUAGGAAUUGCAAACCAAUAU